CACCAGGUCCCAAGGUUGGCCGGUGCCUCUCAAGCCUCGCCUCUUCUCAAUGCUGCCAAUUUUUCCCAGCCUCGAAUCCUCCAGACUUAUACUCUGUAUCAUAUCGAUCACUGCCGUUCGUUGAUUAUCCAAGAUAGAUCCUUCAAUCCGUGGUGCUGAUCUCACUCUUUUCGUGUUUGAUGCUGCAGCCCUGUUGUUGAUCACUUCUCACUUCUCACCACGAGCACUCCUUCCUUUCGAGUUUCGAGACACCAUCAUUCGCUCGCAUCUCACCAUAAGCGAAAAACAUCUCCAACACCAUCCCGUAUGACAAUUGCCUUCUCUCACCGUCAUCACCAAUCUGCAACCGCUCUCUCACCCUGGUCUACUUUUAUCUCAAAGCUGGAGUGACCAGCUGCGACCUUGAACCCGGGCCCCAGUCACUCGUUCCCCGAACACUUUCCGCGAGCCUUUCGCUUCAGAACCUGCUCAGCCACGGUCCUCCCUCUCUAUCCGUCAUUGAUCGUCCCAUCCGACCGGCGAGCGUAUUUUCCAUGAUCUCUUCUUUGCGGACGGCGGCAAAUUCAAUUAAGAUAUCAGAGGGAGUCGCAGUACAACAACCAAUAACCAACAACACUCUUGCUGGUCAACUGCGAAUACAACCAAGAUGACGGCAACGAACCGGCCGAAUUUUAUUGAGUUACCCAGCGAAGCUUCCCGCGCAAGUAGUGCCAUGUCGAAGAAUGGCUACAUCUCGCCACGCAUACAACACUUCGAUGGAGAUGUGCCCCCGACUUUGUCACCCCUCGAUGCGAUUGCUGCCAGGAGUCGAAGGCUAGCCAGAGAGUUGGAAGAAACAAGAAAAGCAGGAGAAAGGCGGUCAAGCAGACUUCCACCGCAAGUCGUCACAGAUUCUCUGAUCGAACACCAAAACAAUCGGCCUCCCAUAUUUCGCGCCUUGUCGGAUGGCCUGGACACCGUUCCUCCAUUGCCCAGUUUUGAUUCUGAUUUUGCAGGAAAUUUCGCCAGACUAGCGAACCCUCUGAAUCGCCCCUCAUCGCAGCAUGUCCGAAUGAGCACUAUGGAGCCCCCUGCGGAGGAGCGGCGGACUAAAGCAUAUGCGCAGGACUAUUUUGGAGCCCCACGAGUAGAGUCGCCUCCUCCGUUGGACGCGAAAGAGCAGUUUCCAGGUGCCGAUAGCCCGGCAUUGAAAGCCCAGUCAGGGUCAGGGUAUUCUCGACAAGCUUCGAAUACUUCUCAAUCAGAUCUGGGUCUGGCGCCACCUCCUCACAGACUACGACCAUAUCAUGAUGCCUCGGACGAUGAUUGUACCAGUUCGAACGCUGGUUCAACCUUCUCUCAGUCCAGACAGCUUUCCGCCAGUAGCGGCCUGUCUGCACCUCAAUCGCCCAUCUCUCCCUAUGCUGUAUCCCACGGCAGAACGGGAUCCAACGGCUCGAUCGGCUCCCCGACCCGGAAUUCAGCGCGGAACUUCUCGCGGCCGAUGAGCUCGUCCAGUUUGACCAAUCUCCGUUCCGAAAACAGCCCUACCAAGGGACCACUGGCUAUGCAAAUGAGCCAUCUCCGAAAUGCCAGCUCUUUCGAAGGCUCCAAAUCUACACCGGGGUUCCUAGCUGGUGAAGCCUCAUCGUAUACCCAUGCGAAGUAUAGCUUGCCUCGGGGCCGAAGAGUGUCUGAUCGGGAGUCUCUUGUGUUUUCAGGCUUGUCAACGCCACACUUUGAAUGGCAGGAGCCGAUGUUCCCAGGUACACCUCCCUUGGAAGGCAAGAACAGCAGUGAGCUUGCUGUGCCAUCCCCGAUAGCAUCAGCGCGACCCAGCCGAGAGGAGCCCAGCCAGCAGAGAUCGGGAUUCUCCUUUGAGUUCGACUCGGAACAUUCGCUUGCGGCAAGGGACAAAUACAGCCGGCCAUCAGCGCCGUAUACGCCUACAGGGUCUGUGAAAUCGAACGAGUCAAACCCGAGGCCGUCGACUGGUGAAGCUCCAUCAACAGGCUUCUUCAUGCCACCACCAACGCCCCUGUCACCUGUUGAAGAAGCCUCACAGUCGUCACGAUCUAACAGUACCAUCCGGCCAUCGACUGCGCGCACUGUGAGCAAUUAUCAAGCUCUCUCAGCAGAAGACCACGUCUCGAAAGCUAUCGAGCUUCAUGAACAUGGGGAUUUGAAAGAAUCCACAUAUCAUCUCCGAAUAGCUGCUCACAAAGGCAAUGCAACAGGAAUGCUUCUCUAUGCUCUUGCUUGUCGUCACGGAUGGGGCAUGCGGGCGAACCAGAAAGAGGGCGUCUCCUGGCUUCGGAAGGCUGUCGAUUGUGCUAUGUUAGAGGUGGCUGAUGAUGAGGAUCCGUCUAGUCGAAAACCGGGCACAGAUUUCAAUGACAAAAAGACGCAUCGAGCUCAGUUCGCGCUUAGCAUCUAUGAACUGGGAGUGUCGCAUCUCAACGGUUGGGGCAUCGAGCAAGACAAAGCCUUGGCUUUGAGAUGUUUUGAAAUUGCUGGGAACUGGGGCGACACUGAUGCGCUGACAGAAGCCGGCUUUUGCUAUGCUGAGGGUAUUGGAUGCAAGAAAGAUAUGAAGAAAGCUGCCAAGCUCUACCGUAUGGCAGAAGCCAAAGGAGUCAGCAUGGUCGGAAAUAGCUGGAUCCACAAGGACAAAUAUGAUGACACUGAUGAAGAGGAAGGUCGGUCCAGAUCGGCAAGGAAGACCUCUUCAGAGAAACCACGGAACAAGUCAAAGUCGCGUGGUAUCUUUGGGCGAAAGAAGUCCACCACCACGUGAAGUGUUGGAUGAGAUGUUGGAACAGUGGAGGUAAUCUUAAUGUCGCUAUAGCAGCGAACUAUAUGACGUCCCGAGACUCUCAAUGAGGACAUGUAUUAUGAAUCUUACUAUUGAAGGCUUAUCUUGGUGAAUAUCUGGGGUGGCUUUGUGCAGGGCCUUUCAAUGUAGCGUUCUUCGAAAACACCCUUCCGGCGUGGGUAUGACCACAGGUUGGUCUUGACAAUGUAAAUAUUGGGUUUGACGAUAAUCGUACAUCCUCUACUACUACAGAAAGACUAUUGUAACCAUUCAAUACCCG